AUGUCUACCCAGACUACUAUCGAGUUAGGUUAUGCGCCUGGACAACGAAGGCGCUCCUUUGUAGUAACAGAGGACUCACAGCCAAAUGCCGGUGUACAACCACCAACGCCGGCAAGUAUCGCCGCUCGCUCUUCCUACUUUCCCGAUUUUCAGAAGAAACAAGUCAAUUUCCAGACGAAUCUUCCUAGGUCGGAGUCUUUGUCCUUCUUUCCUGCCGGCGCACAAACACCUGGAGCUUCGACCCCAGGCAAUGAAACCCCACGAGGAUGGAUGAGUCCUACUGGAACUGCAACGCCUGGUUGGGCUACGCCACGUUCAACCUCAGCACGACCUCUUAUCUUUUCAGAAGAUGCCUACCCGGAUAUCGGUUCAAUACGGACAUGGAAGGGCACUCUCGUGCUCGUUGUUACAUGCGGCGCCCAGCUUAUGGACAACAUCUUCAUGACUGCAGUCAACCUCUCCCUACCAAAGGUUCAGAAGGAUUUUGAUGUCCCUUCAGCACAGCUGCAGUGGCUAUUGUCUGCGUAUACUCUUACGUUCGGUGGCUUCCUGCUGUUUUCGGGUGUAUUAGCAGACCGUUAUGGAAGACGGAACAUCUUCGUCAUCGGUAUGCUAUGGCUGUCAAUCUGGACAUUGGCCAACGGCUUCAGUCAGUCAUUCAUCCAGACCUCCAUUUUCCGUGCGUUACAAGGAAUCGGUGCAGCCAUGACCGUGCCUUCGUCUAUCGGUAUCAUCACCUCGCAUUUCGUAUCAAGCGAGCGUGUCGUAGCCCUGACUAUGUUCGGCGCAUCUGGUGCCGUUGGCUUUUCCGCUGGUCUUCUCUUCGGCGGUUUCAUCACUGAGGCACUGGGAUGGCGGUAUAUCUUCCGGAUCGCUGUUGCAGUUACAGCACCGCUGGCUAUUACCGGCUGGUUCAUUCUGCCAAAGGAUCGGAAGGAAGGCAGCUCAAAACCGAGUCUUGAUAUCCCCGGCGCUGCGCUAUCGACCAGUGCGCUUAUUCUGCUUUCGUUUGUUCUGUCUAGCGGCGGCGAGUACGGUUGGAACAAGGGCUACAUCAUCGCCAUAUUGAUCAUUUCGGUUGCCAUGCUUGCUGUCUUCGUCUACAUUGAGAAGAAGGUGAAGAACCCGAUCAUGCCGCUAUCACUCUGGAAGAUUAAGAGUUUCGCGCCGCUUUGGAUUACUGGUUUUGGUGAGUAA